CACUGUUCUACAUAUCGUGUUCCUUUAAAUAGCAGCGAUGCACGUUCAGAAAGCGGUAGUACGAGGAGUGUAGCGAGCUUCAUUCGAGGACAAGCACCGGCGGUGGAGUGGAGAAGAAAGUACACCAAUGGCAGUUUGGCUCUUCUUCCUCGUUAUGACCUUGGCGUUACCUGGUGCUGGGAAUGGACGCACUGACUGUGACGCAGUCUUGAUUGCAUCGCUAGUCCAGGAACAAUGCAAUGGCGAGCCAGUGACAGGCUCAUGCUGUGAGGUGCUCAGGACAAUCAUUACACCCUCGAGGGGCAAGCUGCAAUGCCUCAAGUUGGUUCUUGACCAGCCUGAGCUCAAGUAUUCGGGAUUCACCAGAGGGCUCCUGCUGGACAUGGCCAAGUCGUGCACUGCAUCAAGGGCCCCUCCCCCAGCUGAUGUAACAGCAGGUUCCGUCGGCCCCAAGGACAGGGUUGUGGAUGUGCAUGAUCCAGCAGAUUCUCCGCGCCCCAAAGGCAGGGACGUGUACGUGGACGCACACAGGAGCUAAGCAUGAGGAAAACCAAGGGGAUGCUGGUGUGCCUAGGGACAAGGACACCAUCAAACCAAGGAACAAGCCAAGUAUUUAUUCUAUGAUAAAUGACAUCUGUUCUUAGGCUAGUCAUAGUAAAAGUAACUUAGGUAGUAACAUAGCGCACCUCGAGAAUUUUUUGCUUAUAUGGCAAGUAGUUAAUGAGAAGUAGUAACAUAAUAUGUUACUGUAACAUAGCGCUUUCCAAGACAACAUGAGUCUACAAGCUAUUAAAUGAGGCCACAUAUGACACUAGUACUAUGUUACUUUGUACUAUGAAGGUAGUAACUUAGACUAGUGUCAUGCAUAUGACACUAGUCUAAGUUACUCCCCACUAUGACCAGCCU